AAAAAACUUGAGUUUCAGAAAUGGCAACUACCAACCAAUCUUUACUUAUCGGUUAUGGUAUGCCUGCAAAAAAGUCUUAUUGUUAAUUUCUCCAUGGCCUCUCUACUCUACUAGCUCUAUUCCACUUCUAUUUUCCAUCAACUAAACAAAGAGAGAAACAGAGAUGUCUGCUUUGGGCUUAGACUACUGGCUUCAAUGGCAAGUCUUUGUUUGUGCUCUAAUCUUCAUCAUACCAACCACAAUCUCAUUAAGAUUCAUCAUCAACAAGCGAAGAAAAGAAAACGAACCUAUUAUUAUUAUUAAGUCAACUGAUCUAUGGAUCCCCUGUUGGAGAAAUCUCCAUCCUAUUUGGCUUCUCUGCUUCAGAGUUUCCGCUUUAGUUGCUAUGGCUUUUAUGGUUUACCAGACUGUUGUUAACUUAGGAUUCUUCGUCUUCCUAUUCUACACACAAUGGACAUUUGCUUUAGUUGGGAUCUAUUUUGCGCUGGGAACUUUUAUAUCGGCCCGGGGAUGCUGGUUGUAUACAACGAAUCCCCUUUCUCAGCGCGGAGAAACAGAUAAAUUUCUUAGAACAGCUGCUGAACAGAAUACCUCUGAGCAACGGCUUGGAUUAUUGGAAAAUUUGAUGCUAAUUAUUUAUCAGAUUAGUGCAGGUGCUGUUAUGCUGACAGAUAUUGUCUUUUGGUGUCUAUUGCUCCCAUUUAUGACGGGUGAAAAUUUUAAGCUCACCCUGCUAAUUGGAUUAAUGCACUCUGUAAAUGCUAUAUUUCUUCUUCUUGAUUCAGUCCUGAGCAAUCCUCAAUUUACUUGGUUUGGUAUCACAUAUUUUAUACUGUGGAGCUGUUCUUAUAUUGUUUUCCAGUGGAGUCUACACGUCUGCUGCUUAUCUUGGUGGCCGUAUCCUUUCUUGGAACUUAACACUCCAUGGGCACCAUUGUGGUAUUUUGGCAUGGCUCUGGUCCACGUCCCCUGUUAUGGACUAUACGCGCUGCUUAUCAAAGCAAAAGACCAAAUAUUCUCGAGAUUGUUUCCACAGGCAUUUCUUAGUGGCGUUGAGAUUGCAAUGGAGAAGAAGCAUACUUGAGGUGAGGAAGACUAUAAUGAAGAAGCCUGAAUUCAAGGUAGUUGUUGUUGUUGUAUGUAUACAUGAAAUUGUAAUUGUUUUCCUCAGUUACACGAAAUAUCAAAUAAACUUUCAACACAAAUGGUGCCUCUUUUCGCUGCCAUGAGAUUGCCCAAAA